AUGGACAAUACUGAGAAUAAAGUCGUAUUUAUCCUUGAUAAGAAUAUGGGAAAACUUCGUAAAAACAUUAAUAAUCGCAAUGUCAACUCGCAACGCCCUAUCGACAUAGAUAACACUUCCAUUAUUAGCAAAAGUUGCUCAACAAAUAAUUCAAAUAAUUACAAUAACACUACUAAUAAAGAUUCCCAAGCGACAAUUAGCACCAACUUAACAAAAAAUGCUGGCGUAUUUUUUUCAGAAAACAUGAAAUCGUUUAUAAAAAGAGAUAAUAAAAGUAUGAGAUUCGAAUCUUUUAUUGCGGAUAACUCCUCUAUCACUGGCACAAGCUCUUCACCAAAUUACAAGUAUUAA